CUCCCCCCCCGGCCCCGCCCAGCUCCCUCCUUUCUCCGCUCCACGCACGCGCGCACAGGCACGCGCGCACCGGAGCCCUGGCCGCCCCUCCCCCGCCCGGCCGUGACAUCGCUGUCGCCGUGCUCCGGUCGCUCCGUCCUGCCCCCCGCUGCGGGACGCGCCGAGGGACAGGCUCGCCGCGCCCGACAGCGAGCAGGUCCUGGGGAGGACGCGACCAGGCGCCGCGCACUGAGACUUCUUCCCUAGCAUUUGACACUGCAUACCAAAGAAAUGGUGAUGGAGAAGCCAAGUCCCCUGCUCGUAGGGCGGGAGUUUGUGAGACAGUACUACACUCUGCUAAAUAAAGCUCCUGACUUCUUGCACAGGUUUUACGGCAGGAAUUCUUCUUAUGUCCAUGGAGGACUGGAUGCCAGUGGGAAACCACAAGAAGCAGUGUAUGGUCAAGCUGAGAUACACAAGAAAGUGAUGUCAUUACAGUUCAGUGAAUGCCACACCAAGAUUCGUCAUGUGGAUGCUCAUGCUACUCUGAGUGAUGGGGUGGUUGUGCAAGUCAUGGGAGAGCUGUCAAACAACGGGCAGCCAAUGAGGAAGUUCAUGCAGACCUUUGUACUUGCUCCAGAAGGUUCUGUUCCAAACAAGUUUUAUGUCCAUAAUGAUAUCUUCAGAUAUGAAGAUGAAGUAUUUGGGGAUUCAGAAGGAGAACUUGAUGAAGAAUCUGAGGAAGAGGUGGAAGAGGAGCAGGAGGAAAGACAACCAUCGCCUGAACCUGUGCAAGAGAAUGCAAGCAGUGCUUACUAUGAAAACCAUCCUGUAACCAAUGGGAUAGAGGAGGCGCUAGAGGAACCAUCUCAUGAACCUGAGCCAGAACUGGAAUCAGAAACAAAAACUGAGGAGCUGAAAGCUGAAGGAGAAGAGAAGACCCUUGAGGAGCUAGAAGAGAAGUCUCCAUCUCCACCUCCUGUAGAACCUGUUUCACUACCACAAGAACCACCAAAGGCUUUCUCUUGGGCUUCAGUGACCAGUAAAAACCUGCCUCCUAGUGGUACUGUUUCUUCCUCUGGAAUUCCACCCCAUGUUAAAGCACCAGUCUCACAGCCAAGAGUUGAAACUAAACCUGAAGCUCAGUCUCAGCCUCCUCGGGUACGUGAACAGCGACCCAGGGAAAGACCGGGUUUUCCACCUCGAGGACCUCGACCAGGGAGAGGGGACACGGAGCAGAAUGAGUCAGAUAAUCGCCGAAUAAUUCGCUAUCCAGACAGCCACCAGCUCUUUGUUGGGAACUUGCCACAUGACAUCGAUGAGAGUGAACUGAAAGAGUUCUUUAUGAGCUUUGGAAAUGUGGUAGAACUCCGCAUAAAUACUAAAGGAGUGGGAGGAAAACUGCCUAAUUUUGGUUUUGUGGUAUUUGAUGAUUCUGAGCCAGUCCAGCGAAUUUUAGUUGCAAAACCUAUUAUGUUCCGGGGUGAGGUGCGCUUGAACGUGGAAGAGAAAAAAACAAGAGCUGCUCGUGAAAGAGAGACCCGAGGCGGAGGCGAUGAUCGUAGGGAUAUUCGACGCAAUGAUAGAGGCCCUGGGGGUCCCCGUGGAAUAGUGGGUGGUGGCAUGAUGCGAGACCGUGAUGGAAGAGGACCCCCUCCAAGAGGUGGCAUGGCACAGAAACUUGGCUCUGGACGAGGAACCGGGCAAAUGGAAGGCCGUUUCAGUGGACAGCGUCGCUGAAAUCUCCACUGUGGGCAGACAGUCGUGGCAGUGGUACAUUACCCAUCGUGUUUGCAUUCUUGUUAAUUUCUUUUGGCUUUGGAAUGUGACACAGCCCUUCUGAUCAUUUCUUUGACGUGAAAGCAUCCUUUGGUUUCCAGUUUAAAUUGAGGUGGACGUUCUUUCCCCAGUUUCACAACAGGAGUCACACUGUUAAUUUAUAAAUGUAGACUUGGAGAAUUGAGGACUGGGGAAAAAAAAAAAAAAAAGACCGGUUAACUAACUGCAACAAAAGUGAACUUAAGGACAUGCCCAAUAUAAUUCAGGUCCUUUCAGUCAAAAAUCCUCUGCUGCACGUUUUGUUCAAGUGUUACUGUUUCUGCCUGUUACUGUUGGAAACACAGAUAGUGCAACUGGUGCAAUUGGAGAAGCUUGCCUCUUUCUUUUUUUCCUUCUUAGAACCCUCUGCUCCAAACUAACUUAUGUUUACGCACUCAUCAAGAUGCACUAAAGGGUACUCUGAACUCAUUUAUAUUGACAUCUGCAGGAGGCAUCGGAGGAAAACCUUCAUCCUCUUACUCAGACAGAAUAGCUUGUGAAACGGUGCAGGCAUCUGAUCUGCUUGCUGUGACCAACAUAUGUACACACACAAACCUUAAUAAGACUACAAGUUUCUUCCAGAAGGAAUCCAUUUAGCUGUAAACUAAACAGAAUCCAGAGUUUCAAAGUCAUAGUCCUGAGUAUGCACCAAGUUUGAUAGCUGAUGUGAGAUUUUUCUAUCUGCCCCUCUUCAGUACACUGAUGGCUGCUCAACAUGCUCCUCCUUCCCCUUCCCUUUUCCCCUUCGAUAAGCACUGUACAGUGAAAUUUGUCUUGACUGUAUUUGAGUUCUCUGGUAAUGUAAUAAGCAUGAUGGUGCCUUCUAUGAAUACAUCAUUCCAGUCUCGCUGGUGAUUUUAUACAGUAUAGUGUAUGAAUUACUGUGCUGCAAAGCCAAUCAGCUGCAAAGCAUUUAAAGGAAAUAAUUGCAAAAUUGUAUUUAAAAAAUUGCAGUAUCUUUCAAUCAGUAAACGUUGCUAAAAUUAUCAUCCCCCUUGCUCUUCAAUUAACAAGUUUGCCUGUUAUUUUGCAGAGGGGGGGAAGGGAGGAAGAAGGCAUCCAAGUAGACUCCAGGUUGUCUCUUCUCUUUAAUUGAAGAAAAUGGAGUUGAAAUCUCUCUUGGGUGUGAAUUUCAGAAGUCAGCCAAGAAGGUUGAACGCUUUUGGCCAGCUCAUAAUCGGUAGAACUCAGCAUCCUUUGUGAGGGUGAGCUUGCCAAAGGAGGAUACUGCAAUUUUCAGAGAAGAAAAUAGCAGCUCUGAAGUAUUUGCAUUUUCCAGUUGCGCUUUUUUAAAAACUUCCUCAUUUUGCACAUAACUCUCAGCUGAAGUUGUUGACACUUCUGUGGCUCUGGACUAAAGGAUAGUGUGAUGUGUGGGUUUUCCCAGCAGAGAGGUCCAUUUCUGGAUGAUGUUCUGGAGUACAGUCCUGUAACUGUGGCUGCAGCAGACGGGACGUUUUGGCUUGAUGAUAAUUUGGCAUGCAGCAAGCGCCUGGCCCUGAGGUGUCAGGAGUAAAGGAAGGAGGUGUGUUUGUGUGUACGUCUGUGUGAAAGCGUGACCACUUGAAGCUGCUUCUAAGCAUGGAAGACCUCAAAUUUCAAGUAAAAUCAGAUAGGGCAUCAUAGCAAUCUCUCUCUGGGUUAUGCAAUCAUUUGCUGUUUGCAAGUACAUUGGGAGAUUUUGCACGUGUUUUUCUGAUAAGUUAGGCAAAGUCAAGUGGCAUCUGUCUGUUUUCUCCCAGGCUUGAGGUCUUCUGUGUUUGAUGGUAAGUCUUGGACUAUUUUCAUACAUGUUUUUUCCAGAGCACAUUUUUUCCAGUCUCUGUUUUCAUAUUUCAGGUUUUUGUUCAAAGUCUUGCAUUUUCAGCUGUUACCUGGAAAUCUGUAGUACUGGAACUGCUCACCACACCACAACCCCACUUAGGUUUGAAGCCUUUGGACAAAUUGCUGUCAUCAGUUAGCAGUUUGCCACCAGUGUGUUUUGUGUAGCUUUUUUUUUUUCCCCCCUUUUGUAGUGAUGUGGUGCUUUGCUGCCACCUGAUCCAUUUGUAUGGCAAAUGGCACUGGGAAUAAUGUCAACAACAAAAAACGGAGUGUUAAAAAGAGCUACUGAGCCAUUCUGCUUUUUGGCUUGCUUCUUAAGUGACGUGAACAAUCAUUGGAACGUCAUCUGGAGAAGUUUGCAUGGUGAUAGCUCACUUGCUGUACUGUGGACUCCUUCCGUGUUCUCGACCCUCUGGAUAGUAAAUGUACCUCUUGGGGCAAAGGAAGGGAUUCACUGACCAUUAUUGUUAGUUGCUGAUUUGUGGCUGGUGGGAGUGUUUUGUCGUAAUGGUUCUAUUUCAAUACACUUGGCUGACCAUCUUGGCUUUAGUAGGUAUACAAGGCAGUGGAUUACCAUCUUUAUUGCUGUAACAUGUCAAGCAUUAUAUGCUAGUAGAUUCUAGUUUAAUUGUUGCAGGUGGAAAGUAUUUUUCCUUUUAAGUUUCCAUUCUGAAUGUGUUUUGACUAAACAUACCAAUAAACUACUGAUGUCUGCAGCA